AUGCAUUCUCUGAAUAACCUGAAGGCGAAACUGAAGGAGCUUGACGACAUAGAGAAAGACGUCGCUCAAGCCCUUCACGCGGCGGGACAAGCGCUCACUGAACUCGGAAAGGAUAAACCUACUUUGAAACCCGUCGAGGCAAAUACGACGAAUUUCCUUAAAACUCUGCAGAGUGUAGAGAGUAAUCUCUCGAAGCAUAUCGUAUACCUAAGCCAAGUGUCUACAGUGCAGCCGCAUGAAGGAAGCAACUACGCGGCUCAGAAGGUCUUCCACAUGGCUCUCCACCGACUCGAACAUGCCCGAUCUCGGAUGAACGAGCUCGAACGAGUGCGGCAAUCUCAUCUACAACAGGACGCACAGUACAACCCCCCUAUACCGCCUCAGAUGCCCCCGCAGCAGCCGCCGAUGCGAGGACCGCCUCCGCAACAACAGCCAGGACAGCCUGGCUCUAUGGGACCGGGUGGUCCGCAACAAGGAAUGAUGAUGCAGCCGGGCAUUGGACAAGACAUGGGUCCUCCUAUGGGUCAGCCCGGGAUGCAAAUGAAUCCAUCCGGGCCUAUGGACAGCCCGUUGGGACCAGGAAUGGGGCAAGCGAUGGGUCCGGGCAUGGGUCAGAACAUGGGCAUGGGUCCAGUAUUGGGUUCAGGCAUGGGUCACAAUAUGAACAUGGGUCAGGCUCAACAGAUGAACCCGAUGGGAGCACCCAUGGGAAAUCAACAAAUGAUGUGGCAACAGAAUCAGAUGGGCAUGGGUCAGCAGAUGGGUAUGGGAUCGAUGGGACCCGGCGGUAAUAUGGGCCAGAGUCCAAUGCCAUAGGGUUUUUGUUUCGAUAACCAUUCACCAUUAUCAUCAUCAUGUAAAUAAACGCAUAAGCAGAUGA